AUGCCACAACUAGAUACAUCAACAUGACUUCUCGUUAUUUUAUCAAUACUACUAACUCUCUUUAUAUUAUUUCAACUAAAAAUCUCAAAGCACUUUUACCAUCUUAACCCCAAGACGACUAUUAAAUCACAAAACCAACAAACCCCUUGAAAUAAUAAAUGAACGAAAAUCUAUUUGCCUCUUUCACAAUCCCAAUAA